AUGGCUGGCUCGGCAGGUGCACAUGAGCUGCCGGCGGCUGAAUCGCUGGUAAGCACACCGCCUCGCCGGACAACUCGGGCGCGCCGUGCGACAACGAAGGCGACCGGGUCAGCGUCUGACGCAUCUAGUGCCGCGACGUCAUCUAAGUCAGAAGGCGCGCCUUCUACAUCUACAGCCAAGUCUACUGUGUCUACAACGAUCCCAUCCUCUUCGUUGUCGUCGUCACCUAGCAAGACGCCUCAAAAGGCGCGUGCAUCCAAAGCGACUCCUUCUUCCCAGCGGACUGAACCUGCCGAGCGUGUGCAUGAACUUCCGAAGCGGACUAAUCCGCGCUUGCACGAGGUCAAGUCACGUCAGGUCAAACUGCAGGUCAUUCGUCGUGAAGACAAAGAAAUCAUCAUUGGACGUAUCAAGUUGCCGACUGUGAAUGGUGCCGAACAUGGUUUCCUUCUCAAACGUUUCGACACAAAUGCGAUUGCGGGAUCGUCUAUGUUUCGUCUCGCAUUUCCCUAUGCCGACGCUGAAGAGGAAAGUGCUGAGAUGACGUAUUUGGAAUCGCGCUUCGAUACAGACGUUGCGAAUGGCGGAGUCAUUCCUCCCCCUCGUUCGCGGUCGUCGCGGAAGCUGACAUCAGAUACAACAGCGAAGGCUGCCGGAACACUACCACCAGGAUCAACCGGCGUGCGUCUUCAAGGUGUCUGGAUCCCUUGUGAACAUGCGAUGUCAAUUGCGAGUGACUAUGGUCUGGUCGAAUAUGCGCAGCCUCUCAUUGAGGCCACGGCCAUUCUGCUCCCAGAUGAAGACGCUCCUGUGCUUAACCCUGAUGCAGAGACUCUGGCCACAGCUGCGGCGGCGUCGGGCUCAGCUGUUGUAGAGACGACCGGGGCUCCGACGCCUUCCGACGACACGUCCCCCCCCGCACUCACAUCCUCAUUAGACGUUGUCUCGUCGAACACCCUCUCCAACGAGGCUGCACUUGGUGCAGCGGACUCGCCUAUGCGUGAGCCGCUUCAGGUCGCUGAGAAAGACGACACAAAUCGAUCAGCGGUUUCGGAUGUUACCGAGCAUGGCGAAACACCACCUCAACAGGCAGACCUUGUUGUCCCCACUCGUCAGAAAAAGCGUGCUCGUGUGGGAGAGGAGCUGCAGGCAUCAAGUGCGUUAUCGUCUAACGACAGUCAAUCUGACGUGGCAACAAAUGCUGAGGCGGUUCUUGCGAGAUCACAAGCAGCUCGUCGGUCCGGACGCACGGCUCCCGCUGCAGCCUCUACUGAUGUCCCAGCGCCCUCCGUCCCUCUGACGGCUGCGCAGAUCGAUGCACAGAUCCGCGAGGCUCAGGACUUCGCAGCGAAGAUUCAAAGGGAAUCUGUGGAGCAAGAUGAAACGCAUUCACGGCCUACAAAGCGGCUCGCUGAAGACGACGAGCCAGAAGACCCACAAUCUGUCACAGUGGCUCCUCAAGCCUCUAGCCAGGUGUUGCGCCGUCGUCGUCCUCUUGCAAGAGCCGCUGGUAUGCUGACGGCCGCCGGUGCGAUGGGGAUUGGCGCUAUGGCUGUGUACACAGGUUCCAUUAAUCUGCCGGCUUCAGUGCCACAUGUCUUCGAGCAGUUGCAGCACGUUGAUUAUUCGAGUGCACUGCAAAUGAUCCAGCAGAACAUACAAAAUUGGGGCAUAGCCUCGUGGUUCGGCUAG